CAUAUUUUUACAGUGUGUGUUAUCAGCAGAGCGGUGCUGCCUGUUGGCAGAGCAAAAUACAGAAACUCUUCAGCACAAGCAGCGUGCUUUCUACUGAGAAGGAUGAAUCUACCGCUUCCAAAGACAGCACCACUGAAGUGGCAUCAAAGAGUCAGAAGAGUACAGCAGAAACACCAAAGCAGAAGUUGUUAGACAUUAUUGGUAAUAUGAAGGUAGAAGUGAGCUACAGGAAGAAACUCCAACAGUUAAAAACACGUGAGAUCAAAAAGCAAGCCACAAACAAGCUGGAGGGCCCGGACGGUAAAGGUAGCAUGCUUCAGAAAACUACAGAAGACACCCAGCGAGGCAAGCCUUUAAGUCCAGAACUGGUGGAGGCUGCUUCUGCAGUUGCAUCUUUCCUACCACUCAACAAGAAACAGACAGAAUCAGAACUAAUUGCACAACUAAGACGACACGAAGAAACCACAGAUAAACAGAAAAAGGGGGGAACUAUUAACAUACGCAACGUUAUUUCAGAAAUGGCAGUUAAAAGGCAGUCCCCAGCUCAGAGAGGUGUGAGGAUAUCCAAUCGCAUUUCCUUGGAGUUGGAUGAGGAUGGUCAAGGAAUCAAGCCUGAAAGAUUGUCACCUCGGUCUUCUGACUCCAGAAGAAGUCUCAAAGUAGGAAGGAGGCUUAAUAUAUUCACUAGGGCUUCUACAGAAACAGAAAAUGCACUGAAAACAGUAUCUUCACCAACAAUUUGGGAUCUGGAAUUUGCAAAGGAGAUUGCAGCAAUAACUGCACAACCUCCCCGAAACGGUUUUGAGGAGAUGAUCCAGUGGACAAAAGAAGGAAUACUGUGGGAGUUCCCAAUUGACAAUGAAGCUGGGAUGGAGGAUAAUGCUGAAUUUCAUGAACAUAUCUUUCUGGAGAAACACCUCGAAGACUUUCCCAAGCAAGGACCUAUUCGCCACUUCAUGGAACUAGUCAUCUGUGGGCUUUCAAAAAACCCAUACCUCACUGUUAAACAGAAGAUUGAACAUAUUGAGUGGUUUCAGAAGUAUUUUGAGGAAAAGAAGGAACUUCUUCAAGAGAUUUGAGACUUGGGAAAGUGCUUAACCUUGAAAUGAAGAAUCAUUGCAUCAAAAUUUGAUGAUUUCUUAUAAUGGAAAUACUGUCAGUGCAUAGUAAUCAUGUGACCUGAAAGUUGAAUUUUAAAUAAUAAACUGAAAGGUCAUACUUUCAUGUGUGUAUGUCU